AUGAAGAAAGUGGCUACUUGCGGCUCCAGCUCCGUGGCAAAUGCGACCAGCUUCUCAUUCUUCACAAACACCAUCAAUGGCAAGUCCUGUCUCAGCGACAAGACAUCGCAGCCGAUCAAUCCUUCGACCCGUCAACCUCUGUGGGAGGUUCCAUUGGCAACCGAGGAUGAUGUAGAUACUGCGGUCACUGCCGCCAAUGAGGCUUUUCUCUCGUGGUCACAAACUCCCUGGCUAGAAAGAGCCAAAUAUCUCAAUCAAGCCAGGAAGGUAUUGCUGCAAACUCGUGACGAUAUGGCGAACCUGAUUAUGCAAGAAACUGGGAAGCCUCUUCCAUUUGCAGAGAUGGAGGUUGACCACACAGCCCGUUUCUUGGCAUACUACACAGCAGCAAAGAUUGGCGCCGCACUGAUAACAGGAAACACCGUGAUUGUGAAACCGUCUCCAUUUACUCCAUAUAGCUCGUUAAGAUUCGUUGACCUCGUCAAGUCCAUAUUCCCUCCAGGCGUCAUCCAGGCGCUGAAUGGAGACGAGAAGCUAGGACCUGCGCUUGUUGAACAUGCUAACAUUCAUAGAGUCAGUUUUACUGGCUCUACUGCAAAUGGAAAGCAGGUCAUGGCUGCUGCAAGCAAGACUCUGAAGCGUGUUACCCUAGGAUUGAGCGGGAACGAUGCCUGCGUCAUCUGUCCAGAUAUAGAUAUCUCCGUAGUAGCGCCUCGAGUUGCGGUUGGUGCCUUUCUGAACUCUGGUCAAUCCUGUCUGGCUACCAGACGCAUCUACGUGCAUCAGGAUAUAUACCAGGACUUCAUGCAACACAUGAUUGACGUAGUGAAGUGCUGGAAAACAAGCCCCUCUUCUCCAGAAGCCGGCAACGUGCUCGGUCCAAUCCAAAACGAAGCGCGAUAUUUGGCUGUCAAGCAAAUUCUUGAAGAUAUGCAGGCGAAGGGUCUCAAAUUUGCAUUAGGAAAAGCAGAGUUUCAUGAGGACAACCAUUUUGUUAUUCAACCAGCGAUCAUCGACAAUCCCCCUCAUGACUAUGGAAGCGUGAUGGAAGAGGCUUUUGGCCCUGUUAUCUCUCUAUUCUCCUGGAAAGACGAGCACGAAGUGGUCAGCCGUGUCAACGAUACGAAUGCAGGGCUUGGAGCGAGCAUCUGGUCGGGCGAUAUGGACAACGCUGUAGCCAUCGGCGAGCGCAUCCAGGCUGGCAUGGUCACCAUCAACAGCCAUCCGGCGCCACUCCCAAGCGGCUAUCUGUCUGGAUGGAAGGAGAGCGGACUGGGCGGAGAGUUUGGCUCUGAGGGUCUGUUGUCGUACUGCAAUGCGCAAACCAUGUACUGUUACAAGCUGCCGUUAAUUCAGUUCAGUCAGUUCGGGUGUAGUCCUUCCUUGACCGAGCUCCUUCUGUCCACCGCAACCACCACCACAGCAAGAUAUCCCUGCCUCCCUCUUCUUUUUCACACAACACAACAUGCUGAUCUUGACUUCAUCAUUUGCCCAUCUUCAAUCCGCAUUCGCACCCACGAUCUGUCUAUCUAUCUCGCCAUGUCCGCCACACCCCCCUCGAACAUGACGCCGGACUCUCUAGUCCGAGCAGAACGAUUCCACAACGUCUUCCAGAUCCAAUACCUCCCACUCCUCCAUCCCAAGUUCUGCAUCAAACGUCCCAAUGGCCAGAUGGUGCCCUUAAUCGCCAUGGACGAGUUACCGCAGUGGCUCCUCGUCGUCACCAAGUACCCCAUUACGAUCAACGAUAUGGAAGUAGUAGCCCCCAACAGAUAUGUCCCACGGGCCGGGGAGUACGACAUAAUCUGCCUUUUCUGCGAGUCCACCCUCGAGCAUGUUGCCGACGACAUAAGCUGGCAGAGGAGCAAAAUGAAGGAUUUGGAUCAGUAUAAAGACUCUUUGAUUGGACGACGUUACCCUCCUUAUGUAUACCCUUCUUCCUAUUAUGAGGAUGCGCGUUCCCUGCACCAUUACGAUACGUUGGCCAUGUCGCGGGCGAUGUAUUAUAAUCCGGGCCGGACUGGUCUCAACCCUGAAGCGAGCGUCUUCAGACCAGCUGCUGGGGGGUCAAAUCAUCUGUCGCCAAAGGCAUUUGGACUGCCAUGCCCGAUACGUAUGCCAAAUUAA